AUGGGCGCCGGGGCCACCUUCUGCUGCCUCCUCAGCGCGGCUCUGGCGGCCGCCGCCUCAGGUGCCUGUGUCUACCAAGGUUUGUCAUUUGAGAAUAACACCCUUUGGAAGCCAGAUUCUUGCCACAACUGCCUUUGCCGUAGCAGCGUUGUCACCUGUGAAGCUACCACCUGCAAACACCCUCAGUGUGACUUCCAGAAGGGAGAAGUGCUUCAAAUAGCCCCCAACAAGUGUUGCCCUGAAUGUGUGUUCCGAGCUGAAGGAUUUUGCCAACAUGAAGGACAGAUCCAUGGCCAUGGCACUCAGUGGGACAGCUCUGGCUGUGUCAGGUGCUCCUGUGCCCAUGGGAACGUGAAGUGCAGCCCCACAGCCUGCCCAGCCCUCACUUGUGGACCAGGGGAGCUGCAGCACACUGCCCAGGGAUCCUGCUGUCCUAGAUGUGUGCGCCGUGGCCAGCCUUGCUCCUUUGAUGGGCGCUUGUUCCAGGAUGGUGAGGACUGGCGCCUGGGUCCAUGCUCCAAAUGUGUCUGCAGGGGUGGUGCCACACAGUGCUUCACAGCUUCCUGCCAGCCUCUUCUCUGCAGCCAGGAUGAAGUUAUGGUUAUGUCCCCUGGAAAAUGCUGCCCAGAAUGUGUUCCAAAGCCCUGCUCAGUGGCAGGAAAAGUGUACCAGCAUGGCCAACAGUGGAAAAAAAAUGCCUGCACUGCCUGUGCUUGUCACAGAGGGGAAGUGAGAUGUCUGAGGGAGACCUGUGACUCUAUUAACUGUGAAAAGGGGGAGAACAAAGUGCAGCGUCAUGGGAAGUGCUGUGAGGAGUGUGUCCCUUCCAAGGGGAGCUGCUUGCAUGGUGGCACUGUCAGGUACCACCAGGAGGUGUGGAAUAGUACUCCCUGUGGCUUCUGCAUGUGUGAGGAAGGGCAAGUCACUUGUCAUGAAGCAGAGUGUGCCAAAGUGGAGUGUGCCAAGGGUGAAGAAUUAAUUCAUUUAGAUGGGAAGUGCUGUCCUGAGUGUAUUUUGAGUAAAAGUUCCUGUGUUUACAAAGAACAUACCAAAGCUAAUGGAGAGAAGUGGGAAGAAGGGCCGUGCAGAGAAUGUGAGUGCCGGGAUGCAGAGGUGACCUGCUUCCAGCCCUCCUGCCUGCCCUGCCCGCUGGGCAGCCUGGCUGCUGAGGCCCCGGGGGACUGCUGCCCACUCUGCCAGCCAGUUGAGUGCCACCCAGACUGUCUGACCUGCUCUCAGGCCUCUGAUCACUGCACCACCUGCCGAGACGCCAGGAGGCAGCUGCAGAAUGGGCGCUGCGUGGAGUCCUGUGCCUCGGGCUUCUACCAGGAUGGGGGGACUUGCCUAGCCUGCAAUGAGACAUGCUCAGCCUGCACCAAUGGGUUUGAGUGCUCCUCCUGCCAGACACCCCUGCUAAUGAAGAACGGAGAGUGUGUGACUUCAUGUGGGAAGGGAUACUUCCAGGACCAGCUCCUCUGCACAGCUUGUCAUGAGUCCUGUUCCUCCUGCUGGGGAGCUGCUGAGAACAACUGUUUGUCCUGCAGAGACCCAUCACAUGUGCUAAAAGCAGGGCUCUGCCUGGCCAGCUGUGGACAGGGAUUUUAUACAAAGGAUGGAAUCUGCACUGCUUGUGAGCAGUUCUGUGAAACAUGCUCUUCAGACCAGCCCAGGUGUUUGACCUGUGCUUCAGAGAAGUUGUUACAUGCUGGGAAGUGCCUUUCAGAGUGCCCUGGUGGAUAUUUCCCAAGUAGUAGUGGAAGAUGCAGAGCUUGUCAUGACUCGUGCUCCACGUGUAAGGGACCUCUGGCCACUCACUGCACCUCCUGUUCCUUCCCUCUGGCUUUGCACCAGGGCCAGUGCCUGCAGGGCUGUGGAGAAGGUUUUUACCAGGAUCACAACAUCUGCAAGGGUUGUCACCCCUCCUGCCGUGCCUGCUCGGGCCCGGGUGCCUCUCGCUGCCUGCGGUGCCGGGCGCCGGACGCGCUGCAGCCUCAGCAGCCCCUGGGGGGAGCUGUGAGCGGCCUCUGCCUCCCCCGCUGCCCAGCCCGCUCCUACCUGGAUAGCACAGGAGUCUGCAGAGAGUGCCACUCCUCCUGUGCUGGCUGCCUGGGGAACACUGCCCAGGACUGUACAGCUUGUCUGGCUUCCCACGUCCUGCUGGAAGGCAGGUGCCUCCCAGGGUGUCCAGAGGGGCUGUUCAGCCACCGAGGUGGCUGCUACGCCUGCCAUCCCUCCUGCAAGACGUGCCAUGGCCCCUCCGAGCUGGAGUGCUUGCGCUGCCAUCCCCACGCGACUCUGGCCAGCGGGAAGUGCAGGACCAGCUGCAAGGAAGAGCAGUAUCUCAACCUGGUGGGAUAUUGUGUGGACUGCCACCCUUUGUGCCGUCGCUGUGUGGCCAACCUGCAGGACACUGGCAGCAUCUGCCUGAAGUGCCACAACGCCCGGCACUUCCUCCUGGGGGAUCACUGCAUUCCUGACUGCCCACUGGGAUACUACGUGGAGGAUGGUGCCUGCAAAAGGUGUCACCCCUCCUGUAAAGCCUGCACUGGUGGGGGACCUUUUUCCUGCUCUUCCUGCAACACCAGCCUGGUUCUCUCCCACACCAGCAUGUGUGUGCCAGCCUGUUCUCCAGGAUACUACAGGGAUGCCAGGCAGACCUGCAAACCUUGCAACAGCCAGUGCCUGAGCUGUGACUCUGCCUCCAGCUGCACCUCCUGCAGGGAUCCAGCCAAGGUUCUGUUGUUUGGAGAGUGCCAAGAUGAGAGCUGUGCUCAGCAGUAUUACCUGGAUUUUUCCAGCAGGACUUGCAAAGAAUGUGACUGGAGCUGUAAUGCCUGUAAAGGUCCCCAGAGGACUGACUGCCUGCAGUGUAUGGAGGGCUACGUUCUCCAUGAAGGAGUCUGUGUGGAACAGUGCCCUGCAGCUUUCUACAAGGAAUCAGACACAUGCCAGAGGUGUGAUGAUCACUGCCUUCAGUGUCACCAGCCAGAUGAGUGCAGCCUUUGUGAAGCCCCCUUCCUCCUCUUGGGUGCUCAUUGUGUUCACACGUGCGGGGAGCGCUACUACGCAGAGCAUGCCCAGCAGAAGUGCACAGCUUGUCCUCCUGGUUGCCUGGAGUGUGACAGUCACAGCCUGUGCCACCUCUGUGACAGCACCACGUUUCUGAAGAAUAAGAUUUGUGUUUCUGCCUGUGGCCAGGGUUUCUAUGGCAACACACAGACCAGAGAAUGUGAAGAAGCCAGCAAACAUCCCUUGAGCUUCCAUGUGAGCAGUCCCCUCACCGUUGGAAUUGGCGGGGUGAAGCCUCUCGGCCUCUCCUUCCUGGGUGUGUGUGACCUGGGUGGUGGCACAGGACAGCUGGUGUUCCAGAUCCACAGCACUCCCUCCAAUGGCAGGCUGGUGCUGGUGGUGGGUGGCAAAGAGGAGCAGCUGAGCAAAGGAGACCACUUCAGCUGCAAGGAUGUGAAGGAGAAGAGAGUCCGCUUCCUGCACAGCAAGGAGAAACCCAGGAAAGGAGAGUUUUCCCUGAAGGUCAGCCAUCAACAGCUCCUCUCUCAUCCUGAGGUCAUCCACAUUCAAGCCUUUUCAACACAGGCCCCAUAUGUCUUCAGAAAUGAGGCCCUCCUUGUCCACAGAGGGAAGAUGGGAGCUAUAACAGACCUGUUGCUUGGCGUGAGAGACGGUGACAAUCCUGAGGAUGUUGUGCUGAUGGUUUUAGAACCUCCACGUCACGGGCAGCUGAUCAAACCUCCUGGAGACUCAGCUUCUACAGUCCACUUAUUCCACCUGGAUGACCUGGCCAGCGGGCUGCUGUGUUAUGCUCAUGAUGGCUCUGACACCCAGGAUGAUGUGUUUCUUCUGCAAGUGAGCGAUGGGUACCACUUCCAGAACAUCCUGUUCCACGUGAAGAUUGCUUCCAAGGAUGGCAGAAGCCCUCAGCUGGUAACCAACCCCCUGGUCUGGGUGCCCCAGGGAGGCAUGCUGCAGAUCUCCAAGACCAUUCUUCACGUCCAGCUACCUGGUGCCCGUGACUCUGAGAUAACCUACACCAUCAGCAAACCAAAACAUGGUGAAGUGGUGCUUCUGGUCCCAAUGCCAGCAGAUGGCCCAGCAGACUCAUGGCAGCUUUUGCCCGAUGGAAGAGCAGCCUCACCUACAACCUCUUUUACCCAGCAGGACAUCAAUGAAGGCAUUGUGUGGUACAGGCACUCUGAGUCUGAAGUAGAGAGUGACUCCUUCCAGUUCCAGGUGUCCAGCUCUGCUGGUCCACAGAGCAGCUUGGAAAGCCACGUGUUCAACGUUGCUGUUCUCCCACAGACACCCAGAGCACCUCAGCUUUCCCUGGGCUCCUCUUUGCACAUGGCUGUGCUGGAGGACCGUGUGACAGUGAUUGAGCCUCAUCACCUCUCCUUUGUAGCCCCGGAGAUCCCCAGUGAGAAAAUCCUGUUCAACGUGACUGUCCCUCUCCUUCCUGGCCAAGGUAUCGUGGAGCACAGAGACAGGCCUCUCUCCCCAGCCAGGUCUUUCACCCAGGCAGAUAUCAACCGUGGCAAGGUGGCCUAUCGUCCGCCCGCUGCAGCUCCUCACCUGAGGGAGAUCAUUGCCUUUUCCUUUGCAGGUCUCCCAGAGUCAGUGAACUUCCGAUUCACAGUGUCUGAUGGAGAACACACAACCCCGGAGAUGGUGUUUGUCAUUCAUCUGCUCUCUGAGGAGCAGCAGCAGCCUCCAGUCUUCCAGAUCACAGCUCCCUUCCUGGAGGUCAGCCAGGGGGGCAAAGCCACCAUUGGGGUCCAGCUGGCUGUGAGCAACACAGACACAUCUCCUGACGGUCUUUUCUUUGAGCUGGUGAACCCUCCCCAUCAUGGCAUUGUCCUCAAGUCCAGUGCCGGCGUGCAGGAGCGCAUGAGAGCAGGUGACACCUUCACCUACGAGGACAUCACUCGAAACGCUCUGCAGUACGUGCACGAUGGCUCAGCAGCAGCAGAGGACAGCAUGGAGAUCUCUGUCACCGAUGGUGUCACCAGGGUGACCACAGUGCUGAGGGUGGAAGUGUCCCUGCUGGAUGACAAAGGUCCUCAGCUGGCCCCGGGCUGCCUGUUGGCAGUCACUGUGGCCAGUAGAAGCUCUGUGACUCUCUCUCGAUUGCACCUCGCCUACGUUGACGACGAUUCUCCUGACUCAGAGAUAAGAAUCCAGUUAAUAUCUCUGCCUGCAUAUGGCACCCUCUCACGAGUGUCUGGCUCUCAUCAUGAAGAGCUUUCCAAGGUUUCUAAUUUCACCAUGGAAGACAUCAACAACCAGAGGAUCAGCUACUCCACCAUGGUUGAGACCAGCAAGCAGCCAGUCACUGACAUCUUCCACUUCACUGUUUUUGAUGCUGAUAACAACCAGCUUGACAGACAGAUGUUCACCAUCACCAUCACAUCUGCCCAGACAACACCGGCUCUCAUGAUUUUUGCUGACCAUAUCACUGUGGAUGAGGGGGGUAGUGUCCCACUGCUGGCUCAUCACCACUUGGCUGCUGCCUAUGAUUCUGCUGCCAAGGAACACCUGAGGGUCACAGUUGUCACCCUACCUAUGUAUGGCUGCAUCGAAAACACCAAGACAGGCGAGAGUUUUGGCCCACAGAGCCAGUCUGCUGCCACCACAGAUGCAUCUUUCUCCCUCCAAGAUGUUCUGGAGAGCAGCAUUUACUACUUCCAGAGCAUCCAUGAAAGCAUCGAGCCGACAAGCGACACCUUCAGCUUUUACGUGAGCGACGGCUUCAGCCAGUCCGAGCUGCAGACCAUCAACAUUACCAUCCAGCGGCAGAACGAUGAGCCCCCAAGGAUGGUGCUGGAGCCUGUCCCAGUGCAUGAGGGCUCACGUGUGGUCCUGACCAACGCCUCCCUCAGCCUGCAGGACCUGGACACCCAGAGCAGUGAGCUUGUCAUUGUGGUUACCAAAAGUCCUCAGCAUGGUCACCUCCGCCGGAGGCAGACGGCUGCGGAGCCCCCGGAGCGUGGCCAGCUGGUGUCCACGGGCUCAUCCUUCACCUACCAGGACAUUCUGGAUGAGCUGAUGGUUUACACUCAGAGUGGUGCUGCAGCACAAACGGACGAGUUUGGCUUCUCCAUCACUGAUGGUCUCUACAGGCAAACGGGAAAGCUGGAAUUCUUCAUGGAGCUGCCAGAGAAGCAGCCACCCACGUUAGCUGUCAACAGGGGCCUGCAGCUCCCAGUUGGCUCUGCAGCCUACCUCACAGACCAGCACUUGAAAGCAGCAGCUGUUGAUUCAGAUGACACAAUGAUUAGAUUUGUCAUGAGGAGGGAUCCCAGUGUGGGUCAUCUGCAGUUGACCCAAGUUGAUAAUCUGGUCCAGAUCUCUGUCAAAGGACCUGUCAAAAGUUUCACCCAGGCUGAUAUAAAUAAAGGACAAGUGCUGUACAGUCACAAGGAGGGGGAUCCUGGUGGUCAUUUCGCCUUCACCUUUGACGUGAUCGAUGCCAAUGGCCACAAACUGACGGACCAGGUUUUUUAUAUUAGUGUAUUAGAGGACCGAUUCCCCCCCUCCAUCCUGGCUAACAAAGGGCUGGUCUUGGAUGAGAACUCAGCGAAGACCAUCACAACCCUCCAGCUCUCUGCCACAGACCAGGACAGCGAGCCAACCCAGCUGCUGUACAAGGUGACCAGGCAGCCACAGCUGGGGCACCUGGAGCACGUGGCCUCCCCAGGGACAAGAAUUAGUUCCUUCAGCCAGGCAGACCUGGCCUCUGGCAGCAUCCAGUAUGUCCACACCAGUGACACUGAGAAGCACACGGACGCGUUCACCUUCUCUGUGUCUGAUGGAAGGAACCAGGCCAGCCAGACAUUUGACAUCACCAUAAACCCCGUGGAUGACUCCUUGCCCAUCGUGCAGAGCCUGGGCUUGACCGUUCAGGAAGGGGUGAGAAAACCCAUCACAGAGUUUGAGCUUAAAGCCACGGACGCUGACACGGAGGCUGAGUCAAUUACCUUCACCAUCAUCCAGCCCCCCCGGCACGGCCUGAUCGAACGCAGCAGCAACGGGCAACGCUACCACCAAGCCACCACCUUCACCAUGGAUGACAUCUACCAGAACCGUGUCAGCUACAGCCACGAUGGCAGCAACACACUGGAGGAUGGCUUCACCUUCACCGUGUCUGAUGGGACCAAUCCCUUCUUCAUUAUGGAGGACAAGGGGAAGAAGGUUGUGACAGCAGCACCUCAGCGUUUCAAGGUGGACAUUCUCUCUGUGGAUGAUGGGACACCCAGGAUUGUCACCAACCUGGGUUUGCAGUGGCUGGAGUACAUGGAUGGCAAGGCGACCAAUCUCAUCACUAAGAAGGAAUUACUGACGACAGAUCCUGACACAGAUGACAAACAGCUGAUCUAUGAGAUAACGGCCGGCCCCAGAAAUGGCUACGUGGAGAACAAGCUGAAACCAGGGACAACUGUGACCACCUUUACACAGGAGGAUGUGAACCAGGGCCUCAUUCAGUACGUGAUGCAUGAGGAGAAGGUUCAGGAGACCAUGGACAGCUUCCAGUUCCUAGUGAAGGACAGCAAACCCAACGUGGUCAGUGGGAACAUCUUCCACAUCCGGUGGUCUCUCCUCAGCUUCGCAUCCACCAGCUACCCGGUGAGGGAGAGCGCGGGCUCGGUGAGCGUGGCCGUCCGGCGGGUGGGCAACCUCAACCAAUACGCCAUCGUCCUGUGCCGCAGCCAGCCCGGCUCCGCCACCCCCGGCUCCCGGCCCGGGGAGCACGACUACCUGGACUACGUGGGGCAGGUGCAGUUUGAGGAGCAGGAGGACACCAAGGCCUUCACCAUCGUCAUCAAUGAUGACAGUGUCUUUGAGAACAUGGAGAGCUUCACCGUGGAGCUCAGCACGCCGGCCUACGCCCUGCUGGGGAACGUCACCCGGGCCACUGUCACCAUCACAGAUGCUGAGGACCAGCCCACCCUGCAGUUUGACAGGAAGAUCUACCACGUCAGCGAGAGCGCCGGGGUCCUCUCAGCUCCUGUGGAACGGAGAGGAGAUACCAGCACCAUGGUGUCCGCCAUCUGCUACACUGUCCCCAAGUCAGCCAAGGGCAGCAGCCUUUCUAUGCUGGAACCCGGCUCCGACUUCAAGUCCCGGGGGUUUGGGAAUGGCAGCCGUGUCACCUUCAGCCCGGGGGUGGCUGUGGUGACGUGUGAUGUCACGCUGGUGGAUGACAGCGAGCAGGAAGAAGAGGAGGAAUUUGAGGUGGCGCUGGCUCAGGCCUCGGGGAACGCGCGCAUCGGCAGCCGCGCUUCAGCCCGCGUGGUCAUCCAGGGUCCCAACGACGCCUCCACGGUGUCCCUGGGGAAUGCCACCUUCACUGUCAGCGAGGCAGCAGGAAACAUUGAGAUCCCAGUCCUGCGACAGGGACCUGAUCUCUCCAGCCCCAUCUCGGUGUGGUGUGCCACUCGGGCCUCUGACCCUCCGUCUGCCAGCCCAGGGGUCGAUUACGUCCCCAGCUCCAGAAAAAUAGAGUUCAGGCCAGGCAAGACAGAAGAGUUCUGCACCCUGACCAUCCUGGACGACACGCAGUACCCGGUGAUAGAGGGGCUGGAGACGUUUGUUGUUUAUCUCAGCUCACCCCAUGGAGCUGAGCUGACAAAACCGUUCCAAGCCGUCGUGGCCAUCAAUGACAUCUUCCAGGAUGUCCCACGCAUGCAGUUCACCAAGGCUACCUACACAGUGAAGGAGAAGGAGGGUUUGCUGCACGUCCCCAUCUUCCGCACUGGGGACCUCAGUUAUGAGUCUUCUGUCAGGUGCUACACCCAGAGCCAGACAGCAGAGGUCAUGGAGGACUUUGCAGAGAGGAGAAAUGCAGAGGAGUCUCGCAUCACUUUCUUGAAAGGGGAGAAGGUGAAGAACUGCAGUGUUGUCAUCAGUGAUGACUCUGCCUUUGAACCCGAAGAGCAGUUCCAGCUCUAUCUUGGUAGUCCACUUGGAAACCAUUGGAGUGGAGCUAGGAUUGGGAAGAUGGACAUGGCCACCAUAACGGUGACCAAUGAUGAAGAUGCACCCACCAUUGAGUUUGAAGAAGCUGCCUACCAAGUCCGGGAGCCACCUGGCCCAGAGGGUGUUGCUGUGGUCAAUGUCAAGGUGAUCAGGAGAGGGGACCAGAACAGGACCUCCAAAGUCCGCUGUAGCACCCGCGAUGGCUCCGCUCAGGCCGGAGUGGAUUACUCUCCCAAGAGUCGAAUGCUGAAAUUCAGCCCAGGUGUGAAUCACACCAUGUUUAAGGUGGAGAUCAUGUCCAAUGAAGACCGGGAGUGGCACGAGUCCUUUUCUGUGGUGCUGGGUCCAGAUGAUCCAGUGGAAGCUGUUCUUGGAGAUGCCAGCACUGCAAUAGUGACUAUCUUGGAUCAGGAGGCAGUGGGGAGCCUGAUUCUACCAGCACCUCCCAUGGUUGUCACCCUGGCUGAUUAUGACCGGGUGGAAGAAGUGACCAAGGAUGGUGCCAAGAAGUCCCCUUCCCCAGGCUACCCUCUCAUCUGUGUCACUCCUUGUGACCCUCACUUCCCCAAGUACCCGGUCAUGAAGGAACGCUGCAGUGAGGCUGGGAUCAACCAGUCUUCCAUACAGUUCAGCUGGGAAGUGGCAACCCCCACGGAUGGGAAUGGGGCCAGGUCACCUUUUGAAACCAUCACCGACAACACACCCUUCACCAGCGUCAACCAUAAGGUGCUGGACAGCAUUUACUUCAGCCGGCGGUUCCACGUGCGCUGUGUGGCCAAGGCUGUGGACAAGGCUGGCCACGUGGGGACCCCCCUGAGAAGCAACGUGGUCACCAUAGGCACAGACAGUGCCAUUUGUCACACUCCUGUGGUCGCAGGGACCGCCCGAGGUUUCCAGGCACAGUCAUUUGUUGCCACUCUGAAGUACUUGGAUGUCAAGCACAAGGAGCACCCCAACAGAAUCCACAUCUCGGUGCAGAUCCCCCACCAGGAUGGAAUGCUGCCUCUCAUCUCCACCCUCCCGCUGCACAACCUCCAUUUCCUGCUCUCUGAGUCCAUCUACAGGCACCAGCAUGCCUGCUCAAACCUGGUCACCAUCAGAGACCUCAGGGGUAUCUCUGAGGCAGGGUUUCUGGAUGAGGUGACCUAUGACACCAUUGUCCUCAGCCCUGGCUAUGACCGCCCCUACCAGUUUGACCCCGCGGUGCGGGAGCCAAAGACCAUCCAGCUCUACAAGCACCUCAACCUGAAGAGCUGCAUCUGGACUUUUGAUGCUUAUUAUGACAUGACUGAGUUAAUUGAUGUCUGUGGAGGCUCUGUCACUGCUGACUUCCAGGUCCGGGACUCUGCUCAGUCCUUCCUGACAGUCCAUGUCCCUCUCUAUGUGUCCUACAUUUAUGUGACAGCCCCGAGAGGUUGGGCUUCUCUGGAGCAUCACACAGAGAUGGAGUUCUCCUUUUUCUAUGAUACUGUUCUCUGGAGGACAGGGAUCCAGACAGAGAGCGUUCUCUCUGCCCGGCUGCAGAUCAUCAGGAUCUACAUCCGCGAGGACGGCCGGCUGGUCAUCGAGUUCAAGACACAGGCCAAGUUCAGAGGGCUUUUUGUGAUGGAGCACCACAGCCUGCCAGAUGUCAGGUCUUUUUUACUGACCCCAGACCACCUGGGAGGGAUCCAGUUUGACCUGCAGCUGCUGUGGAGUGCUCAGACCUUUGACUCUCCCUACCAGCUCUGGAGAGCAACCAGCUCCUAUAACAGGAAGGACUAUUCUGGAGAGUACAGCAUCUUCCUAAUCCCCUGUACUGUGCAGCCCACGCAGCCCUGGAUGGAGCCUGGAGACAAACCCCUGCCCUGCACAGCUCACGCUCCUGAGCGCUUUUUGGUCCCCAUUGCCUUCCAGCAGACCAACCGCCCCGUGCCCGUCGUCUACUCCCUGAACACAGAGUUCCAGCUCUGCAACAACGAGAAGGUGUUCCUGAUGGACCCCACCCAAUCCCAGAUGUCUCUGGCAGAAAUGGACUACAAAGGGGCUUUUUCAAAGGGGCAAAUCCUGUACGGCCGCGUGCUCUGGAACCCGGAUCAGAACCUGAACGCUGCUUACAAGCUGCAGCUGGAAAAGGUCUUCCUGUGCACAGGCAGGGAUGGCUAUGUGCCCUUCUUCGACCCCACAGGCACCGUCUACAACGAGGGGCCCCAGUAUGGUUGUAUUCAACCCAACAAGCACCUGAAACACCGGUUUCUCCUCUUGGACCGAAACCAGCCAGAGGUGACAGACAAGUAUUUCCAUGAUGUCCCUUUUGAUGCCCACUUUGCUUCCGAGCUGCCGGAAUUCCACUCGGUGAGCAGCAUGCCUGGAGUCGAUGGGUUCACUCUCAAGGUGGAUGCUCUCUACAAGGUGGAAGCUGGACACCAGUGGUACCUGCAGGUCAUCUACGUGAUCGGGCCGGAGGGCAGGGGCAGCCCCCGCCUGCAGCGAUCGCUCUGGGGCCGCUGGCGCCGCGACCUGGUGGACAGGGAGGGGCGGCUGCUGCUGGACCACUCCCUGAUCUACGACAACGAGGGCGACCUGGUCAAGAACGGCACCAACAUGAAGUCGCUGCUGCUGGAGAGGGACGAAGCCGCCGUGGCCGCCUCCUUCUCCCCCGCGGGCGCCUCCCUGGGCAGCGCCCUGGCGGCAGCCGCCCUCCUGUUCCUGCUGCUGCUGCUGCUGCUGCUGCUGCUUCCCGGGGUUUGCCUGCUGGCCAGGAGGUGCCGCGGGAAGAGGGAGGCGGGGGGAGCCGUCCCGGAGGAGCAUCCCCUCAACAGCAAGGUGGAGCUGCCGCGGGGCGCGGGGCGGGCGCUGGGCAGCCGCUCCUGCACCGUCCGGAACGUCACCCGCUGGGAGGGCAGCGGCAGGAAAGGGAAGCAGGUGAACUUGGAAGUCGAAGUGCAGAGGAGUUUGCAGGACGGAACGGAGGUUUAAGGGAGCACGGGCUUGGGUUUGGUAAAGAGCUUAUAUAUAUAUAUAUAUAUAUAUAUAUAAAUGGUAAAAAAAACAAAACCCCAACCGAGGAACGAAAAACAAAACAAGCUAAGAAAAGUGAUGCUGGUGUUUUCCUACUCUGGUGAGGAGGAGGAGCAGGAGGAGGAGCAGGAGGAUGAGGAGGAGGAGUUGGGGCUCUCCCUCACCUCUGCAGCCUCCACCAGCUUCCUCCAGCUCCACUUCUCCAGGGGUGGCCCCAGGAGAACCAGCACCUCCCUUGGCCGUGCAGGGAGGAGACCCAGGCCUCUGUCAGGGCAUCCUGGGGACAUUAUUUUUCCCCCCCCCUGUUCCUGUGUCACCCAGGGGUGAGGAGCAGAGGGACCCUCAGCUCCUGGCCUGCAGGGCUGGGGGGGGUUGGUUCUUCACUGGGGAAUAAAGUACGAGAAGACACAUCUGCUUGUUUUAAUACCCGAGGCAAGCAGCCUUGGUUUGCUUCUUAAAACGGGGCAAAACCCUGCAGAAAACAAACAAACAAACUGUAAACCUGGUGCUCAGUA